UAAAAAGUCACGGAAUCGAUUCGAGCACGAGGAAGCGCUUAGCGACGGCGUGAGGAGCUGACGGUGAUGGCCCUGCCGCUGGUGGUGGUGCUGCUGCUGCUACCGUGGCCCCCCCAGGUGGCCCAGGGCUACUCAAGCGGCCUCGUGGGCCCGGCCUGCGGUGACCUCGUGCCGGGCCACCCAGGGAGGCCACAGAGCGGCCCCAGCAACUACAGCGUGGAGGCUGCCCAGGGCAGCUUCAACGUGGGAGAUGCUGUCGUGGUUACCAUAGCGACCGUGGAUGCGGGGACCGCCCCCUUCCUCGGCUUCUUGCUGCAGGCGCUGGACCCCACGCGGGGGCUGGGCAGCCCCCUGGGGACCUUCAUCCUCACGGGGGCAGCAGAGGGGCAGCUGCUGGACUGUGGGGGCAGAGCGAACUCGGCGGUGAGUCACAGGAACAGCGCUGAGAAGCGACGUGUCCAGGUCACGUGGAUCGCUCCCAACCCCAGCCCAGACUACAUCAUGUUCCGCGCUACGUUGGUGCGUGCCUUGUCCACCUACUGGGUGGCCCAGCGUGGCGACGUGCUGGUGCGUGUGGGCGUCCCCAUGCCGGGGCCGGGCACGGCGUGGGCCACGGACUCCCCAUGGCCACUCCUGGGCAGCGUCCCACUCACACAGCCGGUGAGUGACGUUGGCUGUGGGCGUGACCGCAGCUGCCUGCGGUGGCCCCCGCGCUGCCUCGUCAACGCCCCCACCCCGUGCCUCUUCGCGUCGCUCGCGGCAACGGGGAACUCCGUUGCCGUGGAGAUGAGCGGCCCGGACCUCGGAUACCUCGCCCUGGGGUUCUCACACGACACCACCAUGGGUGGUGAUGAUGUGUGCCACGUGCUGCACCCCCUCCACGCCCCUCUCGCAGGGCUGAUGCUGAAACACGAACAGCAGCCGCUGGUAUCCAGGGUCGCUGUGCGCCUAACGGGGACACCCACGGAGGUGCCCGGCUCACGGUCACCGACCAUCAUCAAGGCACACGGGGCACUGAUGAUGGUCGCCUGGUUGACUUGCGCCAGCGUUGGCAUAGUCCUGGCGAGGUUCUUCAAACCGCUGUGGCCCACACACUACAUCUGGGGGCAGAAAGUCUGGUUCCAGCUCCACCGCAGCUUCAUGACCACGGUGGUUCUCUGCUCGCUCGUUGCCUUCACGCUCCCCUUCGUCUACCGCGCCGGCUGGAGUCACGGAGCUCACCCCAUCGUAGGCUGCUUGGUCGUGGUCCUCGCUGUCGCUCAGCCACUCAUGGCCUUGGUGCGUCCACACCCGGGAGAGCCCAGGAGGUCGCUCUUCAACUGGACCCACUGGGCUACGGGGACGGCUGCACGGACGGCUGCCGUGGCUGCGAUGUUCCUGGGGGUGGACAUGACGUCGCUGGACCUGCCAGACACCUGGGACAAGCUCACGCUGAUCGGUGCCGUGGCCUGGCAGGUGGCGACGGAGCUCCUCCUGGAGGCACACGCACACAGGGGCUGUCGUGCAGGUUCGUCGGUGGGGAUGGAGCUGCGUGGUGUGGCCGGCACCGUGGCCGGCACCGUGGCGAAGGAACAAAGCGAACGCAGCGGCACCGGACACACGUUCAAGAAGACUGUGCUGGCCGUGUACGUAGCUGGGAACUUGGUCUUCCUCAUUGUCUACCUCGUGGCUAUCGAGCAGGCCUGAAGAAUACACACACGGCAACGCACUGGCACGCACACACACACACGGCAACGCACUGGCAAGCACAGACACAUGGCAACGCACUGGCACACACACACACACACACGGCAACGCACUGGCACACACACACACGGCAACGCACUG